AUGAGGAAGGAGGAGACUGCUAGAAAUCCAAAGGUUAUUUCCCUGUUCUGGAUGUUUCUAUGUCGAUUUCUUUGAGCUGGUGGUCUUUCCUUGCUUAGUUCGCUUCCUCCUGGCAGGCUUCAUGGCCGAAACAGGUUGUCCGGAAAUGGCUCAAUCUUAAAGGUGGAACAAAGGACUUCCAUUCUGACUGCAGGUGCAGCAGUAAGAACUACCGUCUUCUCUCCUCUCUCUUGUCUUCUUCUCCGUCUUUCCAUCUUCACUGAUGGCAAGCGUACAGGCGGGAGGGACGGAGUCCAGCAGAGGAGGAAGAGCUGUUCGGACAGAGACGGUGUUCUUCUCCAAAGGAUGGUGGCUCCCGGCGGAUAUCUGGACCACACACCCAAAUUCCAUGUAGAGCCAACAGCAGCAGCAGAUAACGUCAGGUAGGCGCUGUGGGGUCGUCUUCUUCAUCCUCCUCUGUCUGGCUUCUUUCCAGGGAGGGGAUCCUCUGAAACUGGCUAGGGUUAUGGUGCAGGGUCUUCGUAGGGACGUGGAAUGUGGGAGGGAGGGCUCCCCAUGGAGGACUCAACCUGAGGGACCUGCUCCUCUCCCCCUCUCCAGUCGACAUUUACGUCCUCGGGUUCGUACUCUGAGUCUCUCCUUUCUCUCUCUCUCUCUCUUCUUGGUUUUCCCUGGCUGAGAAUUGCUCGCGACAGAUUCCAGGAGAUCGUCCCGUUGAACGCAGGGAAUGUGUUGGGGGCGGAGGACAAGGGGCCCGCCGCCAUGUGGCUCGCCCUAAUCCGGCAAGCGUUGAACCACCCCAGGAGAGCCUCCUUUGCCGCCUCCCGCAGCGGCAGCUACGGCGGCGCCGCCGCUAAGCUGGAGAAGCCCCGGUUCAGCUUCUCCGAUCUCCUCUCCCUAGAGGGCAUGAUGACCAAGACGAUGGCGGAGGAAGACGAGGAGGAUCCCAGCACCAGCCCCAACUCCGGCGACGAGGGGUCGUCGGAGCUGCUGCUCCCCGCUGGCGGCGCUUACCGUCUGGUGGCGAGCAAGCAGAUGGUCGGCGUCUUCCUCUGCGUGUGGGUCCGCUCUCACCUUCUCCGCCAUGUCACCGGCCUCCGGGUCUCCUGCGUUGGCCGCGGCAUCAUGGGCUACAUGGGCAACAAGGUCCCCCUCUCUCUCUAUCUCUUUCUCUAACCCUCUCUCGCUCUCUCUGUGAUGGUGACGAUUGGGGGGGGGGGCGUUUCGGGCUUUUGCAGGGUUCGAUAUCGAUCAGCAUGACGCUGCGGGGGACGACCUUUUGCUUCGUGUGUACCCACCUUACGUCGGGGGAGAAGGAGGGCGACGAGCUCCGGCGGAACGCCGACGUAACAGAGAUACUCAGGAAGACGAGGUUCCCCCGUCCCUCCUCCUCGCCGGCGCCGGCGACCUCUCCGGCGACCAUCUUAGAACACGAGUGAGCAGCUCCCACAGCUUCCUUCCAAACACCUACAUAUAUCUACAUAAUUCCUAUUCUAAAAAGCUAACAAGAAACGAGUUUUUUUCUCAGCAAGAUCAUAUGGCUGGGGGAUCUGAACUACCGUCUAGCCGGCGGCGGCGGCGAUACCUCGGAGCUGCUGCAAAGGAGUGAGUGGACGGCGCUGCUGGAGAGAGAUCAGGUGGGUUGGGGUGGGGUAGGGCGUCUUCUUUCUUCUUCUUCUUCUUCGCUCAUGAGAGGUCGCCGGUGCAGCUGCGGAAGGAGCGGAGGGCCGGUCGAGUCUUCGUGGGAUGGGAGGAAGGCCGGAUAUGCUUCCCCCCAACGUACAAGUACGUGGCCAACUCCGACCGCUACGCCAUGCAGACGGUCAACUCAAGAGAGAAGCGGCGGACCCCUGCCUGGUACGCUCUUCCCCCUUCUAUUCCAUCCACAGCACGUUAGUAAGAGGGAGAGAGAGAGAGAGAGAGAGAGAGAGUCUGUUCGAUGUCUGUCCCCACUCUCUCUGAGCUGUUCUCUCUAUCUCUCUCCUGUGUGUCUGAGAUGAACUAAAGCAGUCACUGUUGAGCCUUUGACCAGUCUCGUAUCCUCUUAAUGCCCUUAUCCGUUUAUGGCUUCCUGGCUCCGUCGUCGAGACGGCGGCGGCGGCGGCUCCGCCGGAAGCUGGGAUGGGAACAGGGCGAGCUCAACGUGGGCUCACGAGGGGGCUAAUUCCUCGGUCUUUUGCUGUCGUUUCUGUCUUUAAAUCUCAUGUUCGUGACGUCUGGUUUCUGCGGUGGUCCAUGCAAUGUGGGCUUUUGCAGGUGCGACAGGAUCCUCUGGAGGGGGAAGGGAAUGAAGCAGGAGAGCUACGUCAGGGGGGAGUCCAGAUUCUCGGACCACCGCCCUGUCUGCUCUGUCUUCUCCGUCCUGGCGGCGCCGGGUGGCGGCGGCUCCGCCGCGGAUCCCGGCGACUGCAGGCGGCGGCCCCCCGGCGGCGCCGCCUCCUCCUGCGCCCGCGUGCAGGCGGAGGAGCUGUUCCUCCUCUCGAGGACUCAGAGCUGCCUCGAGGCGCCCAGAUGCUGA